AUGCCACAACUCAACCCUAACCCAUGAUUCUUCAUUAUACUACUAUCAUGACUUACCUUCACACUAAUCAUUCAACCUAAACUCCUAUCAUUCCCCCCCACUAACCCCCCUUCAAACAAAACCACAGCCCACACCAAAACCACCCCCUGAACCUGACCAUGAACCUAA